UGUGCGUCAUUAUUGCAGGCAAUUGGUUCAAAACAGAGCACACCGCUGCAGCGAAUCCUUCGAGAAAAAUGCGAUCGAAGGGGUUGAUCCUUGUAGACCACAUGCGAGAGAUGGAUGGAUGGAUGGAUGGAUGGGUGGAUUAUCGUGGAUGGAUGGAUACUCGGUGUGCAGGAGAGAGUAGUGGACGGUAUGUGAUGCAGGGAAACAAGCAGGAUGUGUUGUAUGGACAAUGAAGAGCCAAACAGAAUCAAUCCCCCGAGAUGAUGGACAACAACUCCAU